GUCCAGUAGGUACACUGAUCACAGGAUGGCUUGACGCUUGUGACACCGCUGGCUUUUUUCCGUUUUUAUUGCGUUUUUAUUUCAGUGUAUCCUCUGCCACGGCUUUUCUUUGACAAAUGUAACAGACAGAGAGGGGAAAAAACAGCAACACCACAACAAGUGUAACUGUACCUUCACGUAUUUCGAAAGGUUUUUGUCCGCGGCUGUAAGCGUCGUACUCAGGCUCGAACCAACUGCACAUUUUUUUUUAUAUCCAGAAACUUCAUGAUCCGAGCUGCUUGUACGUGUGGAAACUCGUUUUCCACCUCUUACCUGCUACCUAAACUGCGUGGAAAGGGUCGUUUUUAACGCUAACGGUGGAGGUGUAAUUGCUUAACACUUGCAACAUGGCUGCUACGGGAACGGUAGAGGGAAAAGUUUAACACUGACGUGGGAGAAGUUUAAUGCCGCUGCGAGUUGCUACACGAGUUGUUCUCCAAUUAAUAGAGUCGCGAGCAGCCGCCGGUAGUCUGGCACCGCUAUCCCCGGACUUUGAGGGCAGUGGAUGAACCGUGAGAGAAGCCGCCGCCUCCUCCUCCUCCUCCUCCGCAGGCACUGCAGUGGACUUUGUGGGGAAACUGUCUUCAUCUCCAUCGCAGGCUGUGCUGGCGUUAAAGGACUACUGUCGUCUGGCUGCAGGCAAGCUUUCCGCCUAAAAUGCAUUUCUCCAUCCCCGAAACGGAGGUCCGCUCAGGAGACAACGGUUCGACCUAUGUGGCCUACAACAUCCACGUCAACGGCGUGCUCCACUGUCGGGUACGCUACAGUCAACUCCUGGGUCUCCAUGAGCAGAUAAAGAAAGAGUAUGGCAGCAAUGUGGUUCCUGCCUUCCCCCCAAAGAAGAUCUUCACGCUGACCCCUGCUGAAGUGGAACAGAGAAGAGAACAGCUGGAGAAAUACAUGCAGGCUGUUCGUCAGGAUCCCUUGCUCGGAGCCAGCGAGAUGUUCAACAGCUUCUUGAGGAAAGCGCAGCAGGAGACCCAGCAGAUUCCCACAGAAGAGGUCGCUCUCGACAUCUGCCUCUCCAACGGUCAGAAGGUCACAGUCAACAUUCUGACUUCGGAUCAGACGGAGGACGUCCUUGAAGCAGUUGCAACAAAGCUCGACCUCCCAGACGACCUCGUGGGUUACUUCAGUCUCUUCCUGGUUCGUGAAGGUGUUGAUGGAAGCUUGACCUUUGUGCGGAAGCUGCAGGAGUUUGAGCUGCCUUAUGUAUCCAUUACCAGCUUGCGGAGCUCUGAAUUUCACAUAGUCUUACGGAAAAGCUAUUGGGACAUGUCGUAUGACGCCGACGUGAUGGACAACAGAGUUGGCCUGAACUUGCUUUAUACUCAGACGGUGUCGGACAUCGAGCGGGGCUGGAUACUCGUCAACAAAGACCAGCACAGGCAGCUCAAGUCACUGCAGGAGAAAGGCUCCAAGAAAGAAUUUAUCCAUCUAGGUCAGACGCUCAAAUAUUACGGCUACAUCAAGUUCGAUCCCUGCAUCACGGACUUCCCCGAGAAGGGCUGCCAGGUCAUCGUCAGCGCCGGCAACAACGAGCUCAACUUCCACGUCAAGCUGCCCAACGAGCAGAUGAAGGAGGGGAGCUUCAAGGUCACGCGCAUGAGGUGCUGGCGAGUCACGUCCUCGCAAGUCCCGGUGGCCAACGGUACGACCAACCCCUGCAGCUCGGCCAAGUGCGAGGUCAAGCUGGAGCUGGCCUUCGAGUAUCUCAUGAGCAAAGACCGCCUCCAGUGGGUCACCAUCACCAGCCAGCAGGCUAUAAUGAUGAGCAUCUGCCUCCAGUCCAUGGUGGAUGAAUUAAUGGUGAAGAAGUCGGGCGGCAGCAUAAAGAAGAUGCUGAGGAAACGACACAACGGCUCCAUUCAGCGGCCAGACAGCCAGCAAACUGUGAAAUCUCCCCCUCUACUGGACUCUCCAGACCCAAACCGUGAACAGAUCGUCAAACUCUCAACCAAGCUGAGCUCGGUGUCUCUCAGAGGGAUCAGCGCCUCCAACUCGGCCAACGACAUCAGCGCCAACGAUUUCCACGGCAACUACGCUUUCGAGGGCAUCGGGGACGACGACCUGUAACCCUCGGCCGACCUCCUCCUCCUCCCCCUCUUCAUUCCACUGUCAAUGAACGGGACGACAAAAGAUUUCAAGCUGAGCUGAGCCAAGCCGAGCGGUGCACAGGGGCGUCCGGUUCUGCAAGAUUGUAGCUUCCUCCAGGAGAAAUCGCUGCCUUAAGCACCCAUUUACUCUCCGGUAGUGUCCAGUUUUUCCUUUCAGACCGCGAAGGCUCGUCUCCGUGUGCGUCCUUAGCGUCCGUCUUGCCAUUUAAAGCGUGUUUUUAUGGAACUUUGGGGAAACGGCGUGAAGAGAAAAGAUGGAUUUCUGUCUCUCUCAUUGGCCGCAUGUUGUUUUUUUUUUUUUUUCAACCACAGAGCCAAACGUUCCGUUCGACCUGGCACUAGUGAUAAUUCAGCAGGUUAGUCUCGUGUCGAAGUUGAUCUCAGAGCUGUAGAUUAUUCAGAGCUUCGCCUGUAGAGACGAUCAGCUUUCUGUCUCGGCCGCAAACCAAAACGCGCCAGCUGUCCUUUACGUUUCAGCGCUCCCCGCGCGCCGCGCCAGCAGAUGUUCGAGCAGGCGGGUCAGAGGCACAGCAACUCGCGCUGCCUUCAGGAGCAGCCCGAUGCCUUAACCUGUUUGCUCUCCGCGGCGCCGUCGGGCCGUUUAGGGUCCCGGCGUCGACUAGAAUCUUGCAGAACGUGGCGGGAGGCCGAUGUGGCCGAGCUGCUUGCACUUGCUGAACCCAUCGUUUUGCACAGUAUUACAGGUGGAGACGGACAUUCGAGAGGAAGCGACUUCAAACGCGCUGCGGAGACUUUUUCCCUGUAAAUCCAUCUGAGUUUUUGAACCAGUUUUUUUUUUUUUCUUUUGUUGUUUUUUAGAGGUUUAUCAUAAAUGCCAAAUUAUAGUUUACUAAAGCAUUUUGCACAAAGUAAAACAUAAAAAUUACGACAAUGUCACUUUUAUAUUCUGUACAUUCAGUUAAGUAUUCUGAACAUUUACUAAUAUCUUUUUAUCAUCAUAGCUUGUUGUAAUCGAAUAGAUCAAAUGUAAUCGAAGCUGUAAGGAACAACGUCUCAACGGACCAACAUUUAUCAUGUUUACAUCAUGUUUAGGGGACUUCUUAGUUGAAAAUGGAACGUGUUUACAAAUUCUGCACCUGAUUUUUCUUUCCUUUGAUGAGCGACGAUGGAGAGAUGGAUGUUUUGGACUCGUGCCAGCCAUCUCAGAGGAUUCAGCUGAUCGAGGUGCUGCAGUGUUGGAGAGCGAAGCGAACAUAUCCCGGUCUUAGGAGAGCCGCCAUUCCUCUUAACUCUGCCGUUAGCUCCUUCUCACGUUAGGCCGCCACCCAGCAAAAAAAAAAAAAAAAAAA